AUGACUACCAACAGUGCACAAGUCUCAGCACGUUCCGAGCAACCAGAUCGGUCUCACGCAGCUGUGCAUGAUUCUUAUCCCCUCCUUCCAACGCAAUUCUUACCUUCACGUAUCCGACAUGCUUCUCUUGCACAACUAAAAGAAGCGCUAGAGAAGCUUUAUUCUGCAUACGCUAUAAACGAGCCGCGCGAAGAGUGGAUCUGGGAGCCGGAUCCCAGGCAUGAGAUCAGUGACAGUUGCGAGCCAACUGAAUCGGGAUGUCAGUAUGAGAUUUCAGAUGCGGUUUCUCUAAGGGCUGAGUCGGAUCCGCCGGAUGACAUGUUUGAGACACAGUACGUGCGCACAUGGCUUAGUGCUCUCAUACAAUAUGGAUGCAAGCAAACAGAAGCUGCGAGCCUCGUUGACGAUGCAGCUUCUUUGCUCGUGCAUUUGGCAGGAAAAGCAGCAAGCGGCGAGCGCUGGUGCACGUACUAUUUUUUUCUUUCACAAGAUGGUCCACCUCAAAGUCGCGACGAGGCUGUAGCAUCGAUCCGCAUCCGCGAUGCCGCACUGACCGAGGACGCCUUGGGCAUUCGUACUUGGGGUGCAGCGCCUUAUCUUACACGUCGACUUAUUCAGCAAUAUGCUGACUCGCGUGAAAGGCCGACAAAGAUCCUUGAGCUUGGCGCAGGUACUGGGCUCGUCGGCCUUGGUCUGGCUUCCUGGUUAGAGAAGCAACAACCACGACAGGCCAAAGCCCUCGUCACUUUGACUGAUCAUCAUGCUAACGUGCUGGCGAAUCUAUCUGAGAAUGUCACGGCAAAUGGCAUUGGUGGUGUAUGUGUUCGACGUCUCGAUUGGCAGCUUGUGUACAACGCGAAGCACCAACGUCCCUUGUCAUCUAACGAAACGCUAGCACAAACACUGCCGCAGAAUAACGAGUCCUUGACCGCCAGAUAUGGUGAUGUCGACGCACAUGUCAAGUUUGAUCUGUUGGUCGCUGCGGACUGCAUAUACGACCCGCAGCAUGCAAGCUGGAUUCAUGCAGUUGCUGAGCAGCACUUAUCGCGGCCAUCCACCGACUUCCCAAACCCUCAGUUGCAUUUGCUUAUACCGAUCCGUGCAACUCAUCUUGCCGAGUUGGCCAGCGUGUAUGAUGUGUUUUCCGCACAAAGUACACUCCGUAUCGUUCACACCACUGAUCUUGAAGGGCACGACGAUUUCGGUCCUGUCUCCAUGUGUGCAAAUUCUUUCCCUCUUCGCAACAAAGGGUCGGCCGUCUCGUAUAGGCAUAUGAUCGUGGAAUGGACACAAGCUUCUUUGGCUUUCAAUUCUCCUACAUCUUCUGGUCCUGCUCACGGGACUUGA